CGACUGUAAUAAGGUGUCGCGCACAGCUCCACCCCGAUCUGCAAAUGUAUUUAUAAUUCCUUGUUUGUGGAGUCGUGCAGUUUAAAGGAAGACGGAUAGAGAUACAGAGAUGUACUUUUAAUGAAGAGGAGGACCAGUUCUGUGCUUCACACACAGCGAUCCCUCGGUUCCCACUGGUCCUGAUCGUCAAGACACUCAUCCAUCUCAGAAGAUCUGUUAAACUUGCAGUGUUAACACAUUUGCGCGUCUUCACCAGUUUUCAGAGAAUAAAUCCCUCACACCAUGUCCAGUCAGCCUACUCAAAAUCACCCUGAAGAGGCCUACAAGUCUCUGGUGAGAGGCUUAAAAGAGCUGGAUCUUAGGGGCCCCUGUGUUCCCAGUGACCUGAUCCUGAUUGGAGACCAUGCUUUCCCCUUAGCAAUGAACAGCCGAGGCCAGGUCCUUAUGGCAGCUUCUCUGUACGGCUGUGGAAGGAUUGUAGUUCUAGGUCAUGAAGGCUACCUGACCACCUUUCCUGCUCUGGUAGAGAACGCUCUGACCUGGCUGAGAGGAGAUGGAUCUGAAAACAUCUCUGUGGGGGUGCACAAGAAUGUCAAGGCGGUCGCUGAUAACCUGAGUAGAUGCAGCUUCCAAGUAGAGGUUGUGGGGGCCUUUAGUGACAACCCAGGAGUUGGUGUGUAUGUGACAGAUGCCUACAGUGUGGGUUCAGACCCAAAAGACCUGGUGGCAUUUCUGAAAGCUGGAGGAGGAGUGCUGAUAGGGGGACAAGCGUGGCACUGGGCUUCAAGUCACCCUAAGGAGAACACGCUGCUGCUGUUUGAUGGAAAUAAGGUGUCUGGUGUUGCUGGGGUCUACUUCUCUGAUCAUCAAGCUGAGGCAGAGAACCUGCCUGUCUACCCUCAGAUCCCAUCCUCCUGGAUGGCUACAGUAAUUGGCAAGGAUUUUGAAGACGACUUGCAGUUCCUACUCCAGGGAGUUUCAGAGUUACAGAUUCCGAAUGGUUCACUUGCCUCUGAGGUUCUUGUCCACGGCCCACUAACCUUUCCCAUCGGUACCACAGACAAAGGACGAGCGUUCCUGGCAGGAGCCUACUACGGGCAGGGACGUGUUAUUGUUGUUACACAUGAAGGACUCCUGGGACAAGAGGCGCUCGCUCCAUUUUGGAACAAUGCCAUACACUGGUUGGACGAAGGCCGCAGAGGGGUUGUUGGUGUAGUGAUGGAUCAGGCCCGCAAAGUUCUCAGCAAGUCAGGGUUGAAGUGUGAGAAGACGAACUUCAAGAAAGACCUGAGUGUGUUUGUGUGCACAGCCUAUAGCGAUACACAUUUGGAGGAAAUCCAAGAAUUUGUAGCUGAGGGAGGAGGUCUCCUGAUUGGUGGACAUGCCUGGUACUGGGCCCAGACACACCAGGGGCAAAACCCAUUAACAGAGUUCUCAGGUAAUAAGAUCCUCAACAAAAUGGGCUUGAGUCUGUUGGCAGCAACAAUUCCAUCAGGUACCUACAAGGCCCCAGAGCCCAGCCAGGCCAUCAAAGAUAACUACCACUUCCGCCACCUUCUACACCGCUUCGCUGGUCAUGUAACUGAGGGAAAAGAACUUACAGGACACGAAGAAGAAUGUCUCAAAAAACUGGGUGGAGACUGUGCCAAUUAUUUGGCCAUGAAAGCACAUAACUGCUCCUCCUAUACACAGGUGGUGUCAGCACUCACUGACAUCUUAAAGAAGUCUGGCAUGCCACAGGUGAGUGAGAGCUGCCCUGUGAAGAGUCCCAGAGAUCACCUGCUCCUCAGUGUGGCGUCACAGGUGUAUAAGGUUUGUCCAGAUCCUGAUGCCCUCCUGCCCUACCUGAUCAAGAAUAACCCACUGUUGCCAGUUGUCUACAACCAAAGGAUCAAGAUUGAUGUUAAUACAGCAGAGAGGGAGGAGUGGAUCAGUACAGGUCUCUACCUCUCUCCUGGAAUGAAGACCUACAUGGCCAUGCCAGCAGAGAUUGUCAACAAGGGAUGGAAGGUUCAGAUAGGCUGCCAGACAGACCGACUGAAUGCUGAAGAGUUGAAGAGAGCACCAUGUGUUCAUGAGCGAUUUCCUGUUACCUCAGACAUGAUGCAGGUGUGGAACCUGUGGGGGGGACUCAUCUACCUGGUGGCACCUUCCAAAACUCAAGUGAAGGGUCCAGAAGUGACUGUGCAGAUGGCUGUACCUGCACCAUACUAUAAAUCUGGUGUGACAACAGCAGCUGAUUGGUCGUUGCUGCGCACAGCUCCUUCACCCUGGGCAGAGUUGGAGUUUGACAACAUCAUCCUCACUGUACCAUCAGAUGUUGUCAGGGCCCUGGAACGUCCUGAUGAGGUGGCAACGCUCUGGAAUGACAUCAUGAGGAGUAUUGCUGAUCUUGCUGCCAUCCCACACAAAUUUCCUCGCAAAGAACGUUUUGUAACUGAUGUGCAGAUUUCUCAUGGUUGGAUGCAUGCAGGUUAUCCUAUCAUGGCACACAAGUCCACAGCAGCUCAGCUGGUCAGUGUGGACCAUGUGAAGAGUAAAGGUCUGUGGGGUCCAAUCCAUGAACUGGGACACAACCAGCAGAGAGGCUGCUGGGAGUUCCCCCCACACACCACAGAGUGUACAUGCAACCUGUGGUCAGUGUAUGUGCAUGAAGCUGUGCUGGGGAUCCACAGGACAAAGGCUCACCCAGCUAUGACUUUAGCAAACCGAAACAAAAGAGCUGAAGACUAUGCUAAGGGUGGCAAGAAUCUCAGCACCUGGAGCAUGUGGGUUGCCCUGGAGACAUAUAUGCAGCUCCAGGAGAGGUUUGACUGGGACGCCUUUAAGAAGGUGUUUGCUGCUUACCACAACAUGAGCAACUUCCCCAAAGACAACAAAGCAAAGAUGAACCUGUAUGCUGUGACCUUCUCCCAGACUGUGGAGAUGAACCUGACUGGAUUCUUCAAGGCCUGGGGUUGGCCCAUAGAAACAUCCACUGAGGAGAAACUCUCCAACCUGCCUCCCUGGAGUGAUCACCCCUACGUCAAAUAUAACUGAAUGUCCCACCACAGCCUAUUACAGAAUAAGAGAGAUGGAAGAAUAUUUUAACACAAAAACAGAAAGCUAAGAGUCUACUCUAGAAAUACAAUGUCUAUGAAGUUUUAAAUAUUGAGAUUGCUUUUUUAAUUACUUUUUGACAUAUAUUGAAAAGUUGAUCAUGAAGAGUGGGUAAACUUUUAUUUUACUGGAAUCAAACCUUGGAUUUGGUAAAAGGCAUUAAUAUGAAGAUUCUUUGUUUUAGUGUUAUGUUGUCAUUAAUAUUUGCUGAGACAGUGAAGGAGUGUGGCUGGUUUUGUAAGAAUAACAGUUACCCUAACCCUAACCCUAACCCUAACCCAUUAAAGUUUAUGGAAUCAACACAGUGAACAGCUUUUCCUCGAAGGAAGUUCAUCCCAUUCUUGAAUGAGUAGAGCAUAACAUUAUGACCACCUUCCUAACAUUGUGUAGGCCUUUUGCCUCCAAAAUACUAUAGUUGUGACUCAUCAGCCAUCAUGGCAACCUCCAACAGCUGAGAUGCGCUACGGAUUUAGCCUGCUCUGAGCAAAACCUCAGCAUGGUCCUGCUAAAUGUUAGGUCAGUAGCAAAAAAAAUUAAAAAUCUUUUAAAUGACUAUAUCUCCGUUAAGUGGGAUGUGAUGUGGCUAUACCCCGUUCUCUCAGGGUUUUUUUUUUUUGAUCAUUGGGUGAUCUGUGUUAGAGCUUGUGGCUUGAAUUUCUGCAGGAACUCUUCUCUUCAGUCAAAUUUUAGAAAUCCAGAAAUCCUUUUACUCUCACAUGUCAUUUAUACUCUUGUGAUGGACUUUGUACCCUCUGGACACCUUUGUGGCAAAAAUGUACACGUCCAAAAAACUUUCAUAAUAUCCUCAUAUAUCAUUUUUUUCUACUUUUUCCCAUAAAUCACUUAAACAAGACCAAAAUUUCAAUAAUUUUCCAGUAUUUUAAUCCUUUAAAUACCAGUCUGAAAAUACAAAGUUUUAAAUGUUUUUUUGUUUUAGUUUUUUACAAAAAAACACAAAAACUGAAUUAUUUUCCAUAAAAUAAACAGUAGGUGGAUGGGACUUUGGUGGUGAUUAGGUUCUUGGACAUGGCAAAGAUUAGAAAUAAAAUUGAUUUCAUUUGUA